AUGGCGAAAAGAAGAUCUUGGCAAAAUAUAGGAUCUUGUGCAAUUUGUAGUUAUAAAAACACUUCUGAAACAUUUCGAAAACUUAUUAAAAAGUCUCUUGAAAUAGCCAAUAAUAGUCCUAAUAGUGAUUUAAUUAUAGAAGCUUUUAAAGUUGAUGAUGAGCUUUGUCAAAAAUAUUAUAAUAAUUUAGUAGCUUUUGAACGAGAUCAAGUUAACUUAAAUAGAAAAAGAAAAACCCACAAUAAUUUAUCAUAUAAUCCAAAUACAGCUCAAUGGUCUAAAAUUCGUAAACAACAAUUAUUAUUAUAUCAAGUUGAAGAAAUUGGUAAAUUAGAUCAAAUUACAAAAUUGAAGUCUUAUAGUUUAUUAAGUAAGACUGCACAAAGAAAUCGUAGCAAGAAAG